AUGACAAGUGACAGCAUUAACAAUUUAACCGACGACUUCACUAUCGUAUGGUUAGAUAAUGGUAUUGAAAGGACCAAAGGUAAUCGAGAUACAAAACUAUUCAUACAACAAUUGGUUAGGCAUCGUUUAUUAACAUUUGAUGAUCCGGAUAAAUGUAUUGAUGAUAUAACUGAUGAGCCGACAACAAAACGAAUAUUUCUGAUUGUUUCAAACACAUUUGGUCAACAUGUCGUACCACUUAUAUAUGAAAUUCCACAUAUACAAGCGAUAUAUAUAUAUUGUGGUAAUUUACAAUUAGCUGAAACAUGGACUAAACCUUAUUCAAAAGUUUCUGGUAUAUUUACAAAAAGACCAGCACUAUUAAAUAAAAUUCGUAAUGAUAUUGGUGUAUGUGACACAGAUGAAGAUUUAUCAAUGAGUGUAUUUCAUCUUGCUGAACGAGAAAAUACAUUACAGGAAUUAACUAAAGAAAGUGCAAGCUUUAUGUGGUAUCGAUCAAUAAUGAUUGUUCUUCGAUUAAUGGCAAAAUAUGGUAAUGCAAAAACUGAAAUGAUUGCUGAAUGUCGAACAACUUAUCAUGAUAAUGAAUUCGUAAAAAAUAAUAUAGAUAAUUUUGAAAAAACUUAUUCUCCAACAAAAGCAUUUGAAUGGUAUACAAAAGAUAGUUUUGUAUAUCGAUUAUUAAACAAAGCUUUACGCACACAAGAUACGGAUAUUAUAUUUAAAUUUCGAUUUUUCGUUAAUGAUCUUCAUAAUCAAAUCGAAAAACUUUAUUACCAAUAUUUAGAUAGUCAAUCUUCUAUUAUGAAUCAUCAUUUAAGAGUUUAUCGUGGACAACGUUUAAGUCUAAGAGAACUUGAUGUACUUAAACGUAGUAUAAAUGGACUUAUCUCAAUGAAUAGUUUUUUAAGCACUUCAUUGAAUCAAGAACUAGCUAAAAUAUUUGCUGGUACAAGUGAUCCAUCGAAUAAACCAUCAUCAUUAAAAUCUGUUCUUUUCAUAAUUGAUAUUAAUAAUAUGAGUAAAGAAACAACACCAUUUGCAAUUCUUAAACAGUUCUGGUGCUGUCAAGGUGAUGAAGACGAAGUACUGUUUUCGAUAGGUGCUAUUUUUAAAAUCCAAUCAGUUGAACAACAUGACAACAUGUGGCAUGUUCAUUUACAACUAAGUAAAGAACAAAACGAACUUAGCCAAAGCCUUUUGGAUCACAUGAUGAAACAAAUGGGAUCAGAACCAGAUCCAUUAUCGUUCGGUUGGUUUCUUUUUCGAAUGAGUGAAUUUAACAAAGCCGAACGUUAUGUGAAAUAUGUGCUUGCACAACUUCCAACGAACGACAAAGCAAUAGGAAAUGCUUACAAUUUACUUGGUCUUAUUUAUAAAGAUACUCAUAAGCUAGACCAGUCUGUUGAAUAUUAUGAAAAAGCUCUUAAGAUAUAUUCUCAAUUGAAUUAUCAAGAUAGUCCUCAAGUUAUAGCUACUCAUUGUAAUCUUGGUUUAGCGUUUUUAGCAUUAGAAGAUCCUCGAAGUGCAGAAGAACAACAAAGACAAGCCGAAGAGAAAUUGCUCAAUUCUUCACAUUCAAAAAAUUCAUUAGUACUAACUUCAUUAGAGAGUCUCAAAGCGAAAAUUCAAGUAGAAUAUGGUAAUAAUGCGAUUGCUUUGAAAGAUUUUGAAAUGGUUUUAAAGACUAGACAGCAACAAUUACCAGCAACUCAUUUUUCAAUUGCAUCAACAUGGAAUGCAAUAGGUAUUGUUCAAGAAAAAUUGCACAAUGAUGUAGAAGCACUUAAAUCUUUUCAACAAGCAUUAGAUAUCGGUCAGAAGAGCUUACCACCUGAAGACAUGGAUUUAGCUGAGUAUCAUACAAAUGUUGCUCGUAUUUAUGGUAAUCAGAAAAAAUUUCAAUUUGCUUUGAAACAUUUUGAAUUAGCACUAAAAAUUAUGGAGAAUUAUCGAGAAGAAGAAUAUGAUAAGAUUAUCAAAUUAAAUAAACAUAUUGCUGACACGAAGGAAAAAUUAUGUCAGUCAUAA